UUGCAGUAUACCGUCCAUCAUAAUGCUCAGUAUGGACCUACCUUUGGAGGAGGACAUGAUCUGUGGACCUUCAGUUCAACAAUUACCAAACAGAGCAAUUAUUUCCAAGGCAAUGGCAGCACACAUCCACACACUUACAACAUGCAAGGACAUAAUGUCACCAACUUUACAGGAAACAAUUUACAGUUUACUGAAGUGGAAGUAUAUCAAGUUACAGAACACGUUGAACGCCAAGAUGAGACCCCGUGGCGAAAGCUACCUGAGGUGAAACAAAAGGUACUGAAGUCUGAACUGGAAACGUACUCACCCCCGGGGAAGCUGGAUCAUGUGAACAUCUUGUUGCUGGGGGCGGUUGGAUCGGGCAAAUCCAGCUACUUCAACACCAUCAACUCUAUAUUCCAAGGGCGGAUAACCUCCGUCGCCCGCAGUGGGAGUGCAGAACACAGUCUAACAACUACUUAUCGUUUGUACAAGAUAAAAUCGACCGACAGUCGACAGCCCUUGAAGGUUCGACUUUGUGACACAAGAGGACUUGAAGACGGUCUCAAUCUUGAUCUGUCGGACCUGAUGGCGAUCAUCGACGGUCAUUUGCCGGACAGAUUCACGUUCAACCCAUCUGUUCCAAUUCGUCCUGACAUCCCAGGGUACAAGAAGAACCCAACCCUGAAUGACCGAAUCCACUGUAUUGCCUUCGUGGUCGACAGCACUGCCAUAGAUGUCUUCCCAGACAAAAUACUACAGACGUUCAAAGCAGUUCAACACAGGGUGAAUGUCCAAGGCCUGCCCCAGGUGGUGUUGCUGACCAAGGUGGACAAGGCGUGUGAGGUGGUCAGCAAAGACGUGUCCCAGUUGUUUAUCAGCUCUGCCAUCAGAGACGUUGUAGAGAAGACGGGAGAGUUGCUGGGCCUGCCUCGCUCUCACGUGUACCCGGUUAAGAAUUAUGAGGAUGAGUUGGUCCUUGAUGACAACGUGACCAUCCCUGCUCUGACCAGCUUUGUCCAGAUGACGAGGUUCGCUGACGACUUCCUCAACGACUGUCCAGACCUUGAUGAAGACUGAUCAAUGACGUCCCUGUUCUGACCAGUGUCGUCCAGAUGACCACAUUUGCUGAUCGCUUCGUUAAUGACUGUCAAGACAAUUGUUUUGACUCGUGUUAUCUUUGUUGCUGAGUGUCAAACUCUUCAUUAUAAUGUUUGAAGAUGAGUAUCCCUGUGGGAUUAUUAUCAUUCUUCUAGAAUGUAGUUGAAAACUCAUUUCAUCAUGUGAAAUUAACAGUGCUUCCAGUUUCUUAUUACAUAUUUGUCCCUAGAUCUAGUGGAUACACACCUAACCUGUACUUCAGCUUUAUGUAUACCUGAUAUUUUCUAGGUUCUCAUGAAUUGCAUGUUGAAAUCAAGUGAUUCUGAAUUUUAUUUCAUUCUACCAUGACACAGAUUUUUUUUUCUUCAUAUGGAUGUAGCAUUAACCAGUUAUAUGACAUAAUUACAUCAAAUUAUACUUAAUUCGGUAAAAGAAGAUCCAAGUUAGCAGUUUUGUUGUGUAAAUUUAUCAUAUUUUACUCAAAACAACGUGAAUGUAAACAAUGUAUGGUCACCAUGAGUACGCCACCAAUCUCAUUGUCACUCUUCAAAUAGGAUUGUUGUGAUUGCAUGUAUCACCACUGCCGACCAAAAUAGAUCACUGUAAAAAUAUCCUUAUUUUUGUGUAAUAUGUGUGUUGAUUCGUACAGUGGAUUUAUAUUUGUCUUUCAAAACUGAUCUGCGUUUACGUCAUAGGCUACACUUCACCUAAUGGGAUUUGUUUCCACAAAAUCAGUGGAACAUCAUGCGGACAAUAUCACUUCUUGAAUUAUUAAAGUAGAACGUGCACAAUGGUGGGUUUUAAACAGAGGGUGCACAUGCACACGCACACGGACACAGUCACGAACAGAAACACGUGCUGGGACUAAAACUGACUUCCCUAGUAAUGAUACAAAAUUAUAAAGACUGUAUAAUUAUUGUAAACUGUAAUCACAAUUUUAAUAAAGUGUUGUUGCCAUA